UGUGGUGGUCUUUCUCCCAGUUGCGCGUGAACCAGGACGAGCACAUGGAGGAGUACCUGGCCCAGUUUGAGGAGGCGGGGGCCGGCCAGGAGGACCGGGCGGGGCUGGGGCUGAACCUGGGCCCCGGCCUGCCCUGCAAGGAGCAGAUGAGGUCCAACGUCAUCAACGAGAUCAUGAGCACCGAGCGCGACUACAUCAAACACCUCAAGGACAUCUGCGAGGGUUACAUCAAGCAGUGCCGCAAGAGGACGGACAUGUUCACCGAGGAGCAGCUGCGCACCAUCUUCGGGAACAUCGAGGACGUCUACCGCUUCAGGAAGUUCCUCAAGGGCCUGGAGAAGAAGUUCAACAAAGAUCAGCCGCACCUCAGCGAGAUCGGCUGCUGCUUCCUGGAACACCAAACGGACUUCCAGAUCUACUCCGAGUACUGCAACAACCACCCCAACGCCUGCCUGCAGCUCUCGCGCCUCAUGAAGCUCAACAAGUACGUGUUCUUCUUCGAGGCCUGCCGACUGCUGCAGAGGAUGAUCGACAUCUCGCUGGACGGCUUCCUGCUCACGCCCGUGCAGAAGAUCUGCAAGUACCCGCUGCAGCUGGCUGAGCUGCUCAAGUACACCAACCCCCAGCACAGGGACUACAAGGACGUGGAGGCGGCGCUCAACGCCAUGAAGAACGUGGCCCGGCUCAUCAACGAGAGGAAGCGCCCUGAGAACAUCGACAAGAUCGCCCAGUGGCAGAGCUCCAUCGAGGACUGGGAGGGAGAGGACGUCCUGAGCAAGAGCUCAGACCUGAUCUACUCCGGGGAGAUGAGCAAGCUGUCCCAGCCGCAAGCCAAGAGCCAGCAGCGCAUGUUCUUCCUCUUCGAUCACCAGAUGGUGUACUGCAAGAAGGACCUGCUGCGGCGGGACAUGCUGUACCUACAUGGGACAAGGGCCGGCGUGGACAUGGACCAGAUGGAGGUGACGGACGUGGAGGACGGCCGGGAGAAGGACUUCAACGUCAGCGUGAAGAACGUGAAGCUGCGCUCGCUGGCCAGCGACAGCGUCCACCUGCUGUGCGCCAAGAAGCCCGAGCAGAAGCUCCGGUGGCUGCGGGCCUUCGCCGACGAGCGGCUCCAGGUCCAGCACGACCGCGAGACAGGCUUCUCUCUCACCGAGGUCCAGAAGAAGCAAGCCAUGCUGAACGCCUGCAAAAACCACCCAGCUGGGAAGCCCAAAGCAGUGACCAGGCCCUACUACGACUUCCUGCUCCGUCAGAAGCACCCGUCCAUGCCCAGCGCGCUGCCCCAGCAGCAGGUGUUCAUGCUUGCUGAGCCCAAGCGCAAGACCUCCACCUUCUGGCACAACAUCGGCAGACUGACGCCCUUCAAGAAGUAGAGCCGGCGGAGACAGAGCGUGGAACCAACUGGAAGGAAAAGAAAAUGAAGAAGGAAACAAAAAAAGCCUACCUGGGGUAGAGAGAAAGAGGGAGGGGGGGGGGGGGGGGGGGAGAGAGGAGAGCUCUCUGCUCAUUCCUGGACUGUACCCUUUCUCCGUCUCUUCAUCGCUCUGCCUCUCUCUUUAGCUUUGGUUUUUUGGUUCAUAAGUGUCAGUGAGGCUCUAAUUGAUAGAACUGAUGUAUUGUUCAGAGGGAGAGGUUUAUUAUAAACGAGUUAAGGCGAAGGUUGUUGUUUGUUUGUUUGUUUGUGUGAUUUGUUGUUUGUUUUUUCCCCUCGAGAAAGCACUUUAUAGGUUGGUUAACAAUCAGAACAGUCUCCCGGAGAAAGCAAAAGACUAUUGUAUGCCUUGCUACUACUACUACUACCACUACUACUACUACUACUACUAGUACUACUAGUAUUUAACCUUCAUUCUGGUACUAAAUACUACUGCUGUAUGGUUGUGUGUGACCAGGGGACUGACGACUGUCUCGGUAAAACAAGUUGCCUGUCAACAAAAAGUGUUUUUUUUUACUUUUUCCUCGCCCCACCCAAUCUUUCAUAUGUUUCGACGACUGCCAAUUGUUCACAGUGCCAGACCAUUUUUUCUUUCUUCUUUUGUAUCAUUACGUUUUUUGUUGCAUCUGCUUCUGAAAAUGAAAAAAAAGGGAAAAUGAAGGGUGGUGUGUGUGUGUGGGGGGGGGGGGGAUACGUUUUCCAUCUGCUUAUCGCUGGACAGAUAUAUAUCGUAUUAUUUCAGCACCCUUUCUCUUGUGUUUGCCUGUGUUUUAUGUGUUUUGAGCUGGGAUCCGGUUUUGUCCUUUCUUCCCAUCGUGUUCAUUCUGUUGAUACGCUAGCAGUGGUGUGAACACUUGCAUACAGCACUCUGAGGCCUGGUGGCUUUUCCUCAAAGGAACCUGAAGAAGCUUCUUCAACCCCCCCCCCCACCCCUCCCCCCCCCCACGCAAAUAGAUCUCUCUUUCUCUCUGUUCGUGAACCCCCACAAACAAAAUCCUGCAACGAUGUUUCCUGAAUAUUUCCCAGCUUGCCAUGAAAGCAAACGACUUCUGUAGAUUUAUUGAAGUGCCAUUUGAAGUGUGUCAUGGACAACCAACGAUGACAUGCAUGGAUGUGAUUAAAAAAAUGAAUACUGUGAAUAUUUUUUUAAAGAAUCGCGAGGAGACCUGCUCUAUUUAUCCGGAUCUAGCGAUGGACCUCAAAGAUUAGUUUUCGCUUUUAGGGAUGGCAACCAUUGACCUGUUUCCUCUGUGGGUUUUCCAUAUUGCAAGUAGACGUGUGAUCUAUAUGAAUUUUGGUCUCCUGUUUGAUUUCAGAUAUUAUCAAGAUAAUGCUACGCAGGUUCAUUUGCUUAAACUGUACAUCUCUCACCUUUAUGUUUCAAUGUUCUCAGCUAAUGAGGUAACUGUAUAUUAAAAUCUGACGAAUACCGCCA